CUUUUAAUUAGGAACAAUCUUAAAAGUACUUUGAAAUUUUUUGUGAAUUUUGACAUUAAUUUUAACACUUGAAUAUAAUGUAUUUCAUUGUUUAGUGACUAUUCAAGCAUUAAAAGACAAAGAAAAUAAAUCUUUUGUCUUCAUUUAUCUUAAAAAUAUUUUUUCAAUUGGCAUUAGCUUUUGAGACAAAUUUACUAUUGUAUAUCUGUUUCAUAUAUAAGUGUCUUGCUAGCUUGGUCAUAAUCUUUAGUAAAUUCCUUCUGUGACUGAGGAAUUUAGACCUUUUGGGCACUUCUGUGAUACCAUGCAUUUUUGUGUUAAUCUAUUUUAACAAGAAGAAACCUCAUUUUAACCCCAAAAGCAGUUACUAAGUGUUAAUUCUAAGGUAUUUACCCUCUUGUUGUUGUUACUGUUAACAGCAAUAACAGUAAUGCCUUUUAGUUUUUUGUGAAGCUCUGUCUUGCUCGCAUUUGUUAUUAAUCAGCUUAACCCCUUUGUAAAUAGCUCACUCAAGGCUUUAUUUAUCAUAAAAGAACUUCACUAUUUUGAAAAACAUGCCGUAAUAGAAUAAGAAUAAUAAUUUAAUUAUAGUACUUUCUUACAUUUAAUUAUUUAAUAUAGAAAAGAGAAUUUUGUUAGGGUUUCUGGUUGCUCUAUUAUUGUUGUUCCAGCUAAAAGAGAGUAAAUUUUCUUAACUGAAGUCAGAAGGAAACACUAGCUUUAAUUUGGUUUGAUGAACAGACCAGCAGCAAAUUGAGGUGAGGAGGAAAGUAAAUGCCAAUAGUUUGGUGAUGAAUUUUGGGAGAAUUUUCAUUUGAAGAGUUGUACUUCAUUGGUAGGAUGAUGAACAUGCAUAAUAAGGUACCAACUCUAAAGGCAGUUGUCGAGAUCAGGGUUUAUAAAUAGACUCUUUUCUGGUAGGUGACUUUUUUUUUAAUCCUCACCCAAGGACAUGCUUAUUGAUUUUAGAGAGAGGAGAAGGAAAGAGAACGUCAAUCAGUUGCCUUUCACAUGGGUCCUAACUGGAGACUGAAUAUGCAGCCUUCUGUUUAGGGGAAGGUGCUCCAACCAACUGAGCUGCACUGGCCAGGGCUGAUAUUUUUCUGUAUGAGAACUGAUUAGGAAAAUAAGUUCUAAUUUCUCAAUUGUUCCUUUUAGUCUGCCUUAGGAUCUUGAUGAUCUUUAGCCUGCUUUCAAAUACCUAGACUGGAUGGUCUUAACUGUUAGCCUUUCAAAAGUCUGUAUAAGUUUCUAUACACAAAAUGUUGUUUUUCUUUUUGGUAUGGAGUAUCUCUGUAAGUUCUACCAUAUUUUCAGAGUAGUCAUAGGGCCAUAAAAGGAUUAAAGAACCCUGGUCUAGAUAUUUGCUGCUACUGCUUCCUUAGAGAAUCCUGUCAAAAAUAAGUAAGAAUUAAAUAUAUUUCAAGGCUAACAUUUUCUGAAACUUAACCCUAGGGAAAAAUUUUUCUAACAUUUUAACAGAUUAAAUAGCUAUUUUAUUAAAUGUUUUAAUUUUUCUUCAAGUAACUUUUCUGAAAACAUGGGAAUUAUAGUUUGGGAUUAGAUAAAGAUUAUUUAACAGUCAGUUAAGUUAAAGGAUAUUCAAAUUUUAGUAAUUUCUUGACUUUUUAAUCAUGGAUCAGUAAUUUCUUUUUGUUAAAUAUGUUGGUAUCAUAAUUAUAGUCUGUAGAUUUCAUUAUGGCCAACCAUGAUUAUUUAUGUAUAUAUUAGUUUUUCUAGGAUAAGGCUUUUCUUUAAGUUUUAUAAUUUUUAGUUGAUGUAAUAUAUAAAUAAUGUUUAAGCUUUGGGCUACCCAAAGAAUGUGUUCCUAAAUUUAAAAGAAUCGUUUUCAGUGGAGUAGCAUCAUUUCCUGAUUAUAUUUUUUAUUAAAGGAAAUAAGUUGGCAACUAUAUUAAAAGGUUCUUAUCAUAGUCUCAGUAAAGAUCCUACAACAAUGAGUUACAGAAAAUACACUGUAAAUGAUGACCUAAUAAAAUAUUUAGUAUGAAAAAUGUAGUUCCUUUUCUAAUUAAUAUAGUAAACUCUUCCUGUUCCUUGAGUUUAGGGUAAUCCAACAAGUUUUUGGUAUAGAACUGAAUCAGCUACCAAAUUAAUGCAUGUGUACCAUUCAGAUCAUUUAAUAAGUAUUUUUACAUAAUAAGAAGUGACUUGCAUUAGUUUUCCCUUUUUACCCUUACGUCUUUGUCAUUUUGAACCUAAACACUUCAUAAAUCACUCCUAAAUUGAUCAAAAUAUGCUUAUGUAUACUUAAUAAAAAAUUAUAUUGCAUGGCUUUCUGACUUGGGUUUUUGUUGUGAAAGUGCCUGUUUUGUUCAUGUGUCCUGAGAGAACAAGCAUUGUGACAUACCUGGCUAACUUAAAAGCAGAUUGCCUGUGAAGCACAAUUUGAGUCCAAUUUUUUGAGGUAUGGAGUUUUAGCUAUCAUGACUGGGUUUUUUACUCAAUCUCAAAUAAUAGGGCUCUGGUUAUUUUGCAGAGUAUCUCUGAAGAAUGGACAGAAUUGCCCUGGCUAACUACAAGCUACGGUUCACAAUGGAUAAAUAGACGCCCGAGUGGUAAAAGACAUGGCAACAGGAAAGUCUAAGGGAUAUGGCUUUGUCUCUUUUUUCAACAAAUGGGAUGCUGAAAACGCCAUUCAACAGAUGGGUGGCCAGUGGCUUGGUGGAAGACAAAUCAGAACUAACUGGGCAACCCGAAAGCCUCCAGCUCCAAAGAGUACAUAUGAGUCAAACACCAAACAGCUCUCAUACGAUGAGGUCGUAAAUCAGUCUAGUCCAAGCAACUGUACUGUAUACUGUGGAGGUGUCACUUCUGGGCUAACAGAACAACUAAUGCGUCAGACUUUUUCACCAUUUGGACAAAUAAUGGAAAUUCGAGUCUUUCCAGAUAAAGGAUAUUCAUUUGUUCGAUUCAACUCCCAUGAAAGCGCAGCACAUGCAAUUGUUUCUGUUAAUGGAACUACCAUUGAAGGUCACAUUGUGAAGUGCUAUUGGGGCAAAGAAACUCUUGAUAUGAUAAACCCCGUGCAACAGCCAAAUCAAAUCGGAUAUCCACAAGCUUAUGGCCAGUGGGGCCAGUGGUAUGGAAAUGCACAACAAAUUGGCCAGUAUAUGCCUAAUGGUUGGCAGGUACCUGCAUAUGGAAUGUAUGGCCAGGCAUGGAACCAGCAAGGAUUUAAUCAGACACAGUCUUCUGCACCAUGGAUGGGACCAAAUUAUGGAGUGCAGCCUCCUCCAGGACAGAAUGGCAGCAUGUUGCCUAGUCAGCCUGCAGGAUAUCGAGUGGCAGGGUAUGAAACCCAGUGAGAAGGACUCCAGAAUCUAAAGCCAGUUGCUGGAGGCUACAGGGAGUGUAGUAAAGCCGUUGUUUACUUAAAGAUUUUAUCAAAUCAGUCCAUGCAAAUGUCAGAUACAAUGUAUUUAUUUAAAAGGUUCAAUUUGUAAUCAUGAAUUUACUUACCAUCCGUAUUGUUUUAAAAAGAAACAAGAUGCUGGAUGUCUGCCAAUUUUUGCAUUCAUCAACUUUUUAAAUAAAGUUUUUCAGAUCCUUGUUUCAAAUGCAAAUGCAGGGAUUGCUGCCACUUUUUUAAAAAUUAAGAGGCAGAAAAUUGCACAAUGUUGAACUUUUUUCCACUAAAGUAGUGUGCAGUUUUAGUUUGCAUUCCUAAUAUGAUUUCAGACAUGUAAUAUAAAGAUGUUUAAAAAAAACAAAAAACCAAAACUGUGCAGAGAGCCCAAGAAGUUCUUUGUAAUCUUCAGCUGUGCACCAUUCUGUUUUAGGUUUGUUUUUGUUUUGUUUUGUUUUGUUUUUUUAAGGUAUGGUUUGAACAAUGCCAUCUUUACCAUUUUCCCUUUGGGGUUUUUAAAUAUAAAUUAUUGGUUUACAUCAUUUUUGUAUCUACAUUUUUUCACAAAUUUGUCUUGCCUUAUUAAAAUUCUGUAAAAUAUACUUAAGUGGGGAAAAAAGUUCACUUAGAUUGAAAACUUUUCUCAGAUGGAUUAAUUGCAUUCAUCUUACAUUUUAUAUGAGAAGGUGCCUCAAGAACUCCCUGUUGACCUUGUUUAAAAGAAUUUUUAUCUUCUGAUAAAUUUUCCUGUGUACCAGGAAGUAUAAAAACAAAACUUGUUACUAAAGAAAAUCUCUGAAAUGUGAUGAGUUAUUUUGAACCUGUGCUAAUUUCAUGUGUCAGCUUCUACAUUUACAUGUAUUAUUUCAUUAUGUAAAAUGUUUGACCAGUUUAGUAUUUUGCACAGUUAGGAGACUUUGUAUGUCAUUUCCUUCUUAAAGGUAUCAUGCAGAGUUGACAGGAGAUUUAUAAGGUUUUAGGUUGUUUGCAUGUAAAUAUCAAAUAUACACUUUGGUAGUCUUUGAAUGCAAAGUCAUCUGCUCUUGUUUUUUUUUUUGGUUUUUUUUUUUGAGAAUUUUGAAACAAAAAUUUAUGUAAAGAAAUACAUUAAUUUGCCAUUUUCUAGUGUAUAUGUACUCAGAAAGAGUAAAUCAACUUAAUUUUAAUUUGUACAAAUGAUAGCUGUGAAACUGUAGAAAAUCCUUAUGUCAGGCUUGGGGUUUGUUGUGAACUCCAAAAUUAGCCUGAAGGACCAGCUGGGCAAAGCAUUUUUUAAAUGUUCAGAGGCCAAAAGAUAAACAAAAGAACCUUAAAAUCCUACCUCUUUAAACAGCCUUCAAAGAGGAAAAUCCUCAGUGCAAUCAUUAUUUUGAUUCUUUUGGUACCUGCUUUCUUGGAGUUCCCAAUUUUAUUAUUUUGGGGUGGCUCCGAGCAUUAGAGGUUUAAUCUUUGAUGGCAUUGUUGUAUUUUUGAAAUUUCUAGUACAUUUCAGAGUCUCUUAGAAUAGCUAUGGGAGAUUUUGUUUUGUUUUGUUUUCAGUGAAACUCACAAACUCCCUUCUUUGACUCACAAAUGGCCCCAGUAUACAUAUUUGGGUGGUCAGUUGUUUUUAAGACCUUCAGAGAGCUCCUAGCAUUUUAUUUAGGAACAGAAAAGGCCUGUGAAAUUUUUGUGUUUUCCUGGCCAGUAGUAUCUUCCAAGCAGGAGCAAAUGACUCUAAGCUGGUCUCUAAGCCAAUUUUCUUGUAAACCAGAGCCCAGGAAACACAACUAAUAGGUAUACAAUUCCCUGGAGCUCAAUUCUAUGCAGUUGUACUGAUGUUUCAUUAAGUCACUGUGUAUUUUUAAGUGUUGUUACAUUAAAAGUUGCUUUAUGAAAGAUGAGCAAAUUUUUUUAAAUACCUGGAAAUUUUAUUUCCUUGUUAACUUCUACAGAUCAGGGCAUGCAACCAAAAGCAGCUUAAGCAAAAUACUCAAAAAAUAAAAUAUCAGGAGCUAUUUUUAAAUUCUUCUGGCUUAUGUUUCUAUUUUAGGACCCUUAUUUUUCUCUGUUUCAGAAAUAUUUUACUACACAUCUGUGAAAUGCAGGGUAAAUUAUUUGAGCAUAGGUAAUUUAAGCAAAAAUAUAGUUUUUCUUUCAUUUUGACUAUCUCAAGUAAUAACACUUUUCAUUAGCCAGUAUAUUUUUUUAUUGCACAAAUCUUAAAAUGUACAUUGACUACUUUUUGAAAAGGAAGUGGUAUUAUUCAUGAUGAAAAGGUUACUACUGAACAAAUUCAUAUUUCAGGAACAUUGCUAACUUUGGUUUAAAUCUUACUCUUAGUGUUAAAACAAAUCAUUCAAAGACUUUUCACUCUAAACCUACUGUCAUUAGUAUCAGGUAAGGAAAUUAAAAGUUUUUAAAAUGGUUUUAUUCUCUGCAAUACGCAUUCAGAUUUUACUUUAAAAUACAUCUGGUACUGUAAAGAACCUAAAGUGAUUCACACUUAAUGAAUGGGUCAUUAAUCUAGUAUUUUUUGCCCUGUUUGGAUAUUAAAAUUCCUUUAUGUUUUCUAUAACCUGUGGGAUCUUCUUGCAGUGAUUAUUGUGUGGUUUUUUUGUUUUUGGUCUAGCUAUAUUGUUACAUUCAUUCAAAGAUUUGUUUAAUUUUUUUUAAAAAUCUUAUCCCAGAAACAAUGGUUUGCAUUGUGUUACUGUUUGAUACCACAAAGAAUCGGAAUUCUCUAGAUUCAACUCCUUAUGGAAACGAAGAUCUCAUUUUCCUUGUUGAUAUUAUCUCACUGUUGAAAACAAGAUUGACAUCGUAGUUUUAUUCUUCUCUUUUGUCCCUGUGCCUCCUCCUCUUCCUUUUGUGUAUGUGUUAGAGUUAUAUUACAUUUGAGAAAGCAAUUGAUAGGACUAGAUUGCAUAUACGAAGAGAGUUAGGUUUAUUAAGUGCCAUAGGGUGUUCUUGAGGUUAGAGUGAGUUUGAAAAGUAAAAUGUGUUUAUAGGAAAUAAAAAGCACACUAUUUCCAUGAAAAAGUGAUUUCUAAAAACAAAAUCAUUUUUUGUAUGGGGAUUAUUACAUUUUUUCCAGUCAUUGCAUUUUACUAUUGUGUUUAGAACUUGAAGAAUAUACCUCUAAAACAAGAAAUUUUCAUUUAAGAGCCAUAAUAAAAUGUAUGUGAAUGUGUCUCAA